CAUUUAUGAUGUAAUUUAGCAGUGAUGAAGUCACAUCUAAAAGAGGAGCCAAGGCAAUCAUUACUACAGUAGCAGACGGCCGGGCAGCCUCUGAGUACAGCACGCUCCAUUUCCUCACUGACAGGAAGCACAGCAGUGGCCUCCAGUGACUCUAGAGUACAUGACUCCUGAGGCCCCCAUGGUUCCCGACAGCAAGUUCAAGGAGGGCAUGGUGGCUCAUGCCUGUCGCCCACCACUUGAGACAGAGGCAGAGAGAUGGGUACAGUUCCAGGCCAGCCUGGUCUCCAAGGGGAGGAAGGGUGAGGUGGCUGCAGCUGUAUUAAAUCCCUUAUUGAGAACAGAGAAGGAGCUGUGCUUGGUUAGCCUUUAAAGCCUGGCAAACCCUGUGUGACUGAUGUGGAGACACUCAGAACUGGACAAGAGGCAGCUCACUUUUAAGAGAAAGUUAAGUGCAGCUUAGCUAGACAGCAACAGUUUGGAGGUUUCACUUCCCUUCUUAGCUGAGGACACUCCUAUAUGCAAAUUCUUCCAAUCACUCACCCGGUCCUUCCGAAGAUUUGCAGAGACAGUCAGGCAAAAAAAAAAAAAAUAGUAAAAUGAAAUAAAAAAAGAUGACUGCUAGGCCAGGCGAUGGUGGCGCACGCCUUUAAUCCCAGCACUCGGGAGGCAGAGGCAGGCGGAUCUCUGUGAGUUCGAGACCAGCCUGGUCUACAGAGCUAGUUCCAGGACAGGCUCCAAAGCCACAGAGAAACCCUGUCUCAAAAAACCAAAAAAAAAAAAAAAAAAAAAAAAAAAAAUGACUGCUAGACGUCCUUGAGAUAGAAAGGGGAGAGAGUAGUGGGAAGCAGCCACAGGCUCAGGAACAGAUCUGCAGGACAGAGUGCAGGCAGGCGGCCAUGGAGUCCAGCUGGAGGUGCUGGGAAUCUGGAAAUGUGAGACGCGCCAUGAUGUAAUUCACAAACCUGGGAGAGACGACUGAGGAGCCUGAAUGGCAGGUGCCUUUCACAGGCGGGACUUUUCUGGAGUAGAUUCUGCGUACUUCGGUUGUAGAGGCCACCCAGGCCAACACCAAAGCUGGACAAAGCUGGACACAGUCAACAGCCUAGAGAGAGGCCAGGCUUCGAACCCUGCUGUGCCCAACACCAAACCUCCUUUCUAUAAAUGACAGACUUCUGACAACAAAACAACCAGCUAAUUCAAGAAAAUUUCCGUUCUUUAUGCCUUUCUUCAAGAUAUGCUAUCAUUUCAAGAGGAGCCUGAGCGGAGCAGGACUUCAUAAACAAAUCACUUGUGAAAGAGAAAAAACCACAUCCAGGGUAAAGCCCCAGGCUGAGAACCUUGUUUCAGAGCACUUCCUGAAAGAGGCCGUGCAGCACUCAGCCCAGACAGCUCCAUAUCGGUACUACAUCUCCAAGAGCCUUUCCACGGCACAGCGGCACAGCGAGCCGAGACAGAAGCACCACUAACCCAAGCUCCGAGAGCUCUUCACGGGACCGCACAUCGGCAGAGUUCCCAUGCACCAUGGGCACCGGCCUGCUGUAAGAUGACCACCCCCAGCAACCGCGACCAGGUGGUCCUUUCUAACAGCGCACACCCAGAUGAGUACAAGAUCGCGGCCCUGGUCUUCUACAGCUGCAUCUUCCUGAUUGGAUUAUUUGUUAAUGUCACCGCGCUAUGGGUUUUCAGCUGUACGACCAAGAAAAGAACCACCGUGACUGUCUACAUGAUGAACGUCGCGCUGCUGGACUUAAUAUUUAUCCUGAGUCUACCCUUUCGGAUGUUUUACUAUGCAAAAGGUGAAUGGCCAUUCGGGGAGUACUUCUGCCACAUUCUUGGGGCCCUGGUGGUGUUUUACCCGAGCAUGGCUCUGUGGCUUCUGGCUUUCAUCAGUGCUGACAGAUACAUGGCCAUCGUACAGCCAAAAUACGCCAAGGAACUCAAGAACACCUGCAAGGCUGUGCUGGCCUGUGUGGGGGUCUGGAUAAUGACCCUGACCACCACUGUCCCUCUGCUCCUGCUUUACGAAGACCCCGACAAAGCCUCCUCGCCUGCCACCUGCCUGAAGAUUUCGGACAUCAUCCACUUAAAAGCCGUCAAUGUGCUCAACUUCACCCGGCUCGUGUUCUUCUUCCUGAUCCCGCUGUUCAUCAUGAUCGGGUGCUAUGUGGUCAUCACCCACAGCCUCCUGCGAGGGCAGACGUCCAAGCUGACGCCCAAGGUGAAGGAGAAGUCCAUCCGGAUCAUCAUCACCCUGCUGGUGCAGGUGCUCAUCUGCUUCGUGCCUUUCCACAUCUGCUUCGCCGUCCUGAUGCUGGGCGGGGAGGGGAACAGCUACAGCCCCUGGGGCGCCUUCACCACCUUCCUCAUGAACCUCAGCACCUGCCUGGACGUCGUCCUCUACUACAUCGUGUCCAAGCAGUUCCAGGCUCGGGUCAUCAGCGUCAUGCUGUACCGCAAUUACCUCCGCAGCAUGCGCAGGAAAAGCUUCCGAUCUGGCAGCUUACGGUCACUUAGCAAUGUGAACAGUGAAAUGCUAUGAGUCAGAGCAAGCAACCUGUCUUUAAUCUCAUUAAAACUCUUUGUCUACCUACUGUUGGGUGAGUCGGGAUUCUGUAUCAUCCAGCCUCUUCUCUGGUAAAAAUAAUAAUAAUAAUAAUAAUAACAAUAACUUUAAACACUUCUGUGCUAUUUUAUUAUUCCAGCAACAUAA